AUGGCCGAACAAGAGGCAUUGACAGCACUAUUAGCGACGCCCGAGGACGCCGAAGGACCACCUCGAGAUACCAACGAAGUACCUGAAGCCGCCAAAGGAUCUCAACCCGCCAAAGAAACACACGAAGACGCCAGCUAUAACGGACAGAAAAAUCCUUUGCCGCGUCGUCCUCAACCGAAAGCACGCGGUCGACUCCUCCCCCAUCCCGUGCGCGAAAGCCACGACAGCCCAGCCCUUACUCGACGCCGUCAAGGCAGAUAUACCCUUGUCCAUCGUCCGCCCCGCACUCAGCAACAACCACUACCUCGGAAUCAUCUACAAUCUGCAAGAAAGCUGCACCAAGAAACCAUACCGCGACUACCAAUGGACUUCCGCCCUUGGGGAACUUAG